AUGGACAUAGGUUUCGUGGCUAGUCAGCCAGGAGAAGAAUCUACUUAUAACUGGUCGCAUAUACUCAUCCCCGGUGAGUUGAAAAGCAACACAGCUGCGGACAAGGCCUCAAUGUCGUGGAUCGAUCUCGCGACCUACGCCAGGGAGGUGCUUGCCGCCCAAGACACCCGCCGGUUCGUUUUGGGCUUUACCCUCUGUGGAUCCUUCAUGAGAGUGUGGUUAUUUGAUCGGCUGGGUGGGAUUGCUUCCGAACGCUUCGAUAUCAACAAGGCUGGUAGUCUGCAAUUCUUGAUGUCAAUACUCGGAUUUCUUUGCAUGGACCGCGAAGAGCUUGGCUUCGAUCCUACGAUUAUCGCCAUCGAUGAUGAGAGGUAUAUUGAAAUUGUACGCGAUGGUCAGACGGAGCAACUCAUUCUGGACGAGAUGAUGAAACGUACGCGCUGCAUUGCUGGUCGCGCAACGACUUGUUGGAAGGCUCAUUGUAGAAGCGACCCACAUACCCGACUGGUUAUCAAAGAUUCAUGGCAGUACACUGAUCGGGAUGAAGAAGGCGAAAUACUACAAGAAGUGACUGACAAGGCUGUGGUCAACACAGCUCGUUACUACUAUCACGAGACUGUCCAGGUCGGCGGUGCAGAUGACGAUAUUCGAACCAAUAUUCGCAAAGGCCUAGAGGUAGUACAUGCUACGAAUCAUCGUCAACCGCGUUCAUUGUUCCUGUCAAGUACGAAUGCCGCGAAGAUUCAACAGAAAGGUCGCAGCAGCGGCACUGGUAUGAAAAGGCCGUCUAGCGAGACUGAAGCCGUUUUCCCGCCGAGUAAGCGAUCUUGUUCAUCACCUUCAGCCAAGCUUAGCAUCGACACAUUGUCCAAUAGGGUCCAUCGGAGGGUCAUCCUUCGUGACUAUGGAAAGCCGAUCUACAAAGCAAAAUCUCGAGCGGCUCUGCUUGCUGGGUUAGAAGGUUGCAUCGAAGGACAUCAAUCUUUACUUGAGUGCGGUUUUCUUCAUAGGGACAUCUCCAUUAAUAAUCUUAUGGUGAACGACGACAUAGGGAACCCAUCCUGGCCAGCCUUCCUAAUUGGUCUAGACCUUGCCAUAAGACAGGAACGCAAUGGCGUGUCGGGAGCACAAGGAAAAACUGGCACAAGGGCUUUCAUGGCCAUCGGCGCAUUACAAGGCGACCAGCACUCUUUUAUGCACGAUCUAGAGUCUUUUUUCUGGGUGUUUUUCUGGAUCUGCAUUCAUUAUAAAGGCCCAGGUGAAAGUCGAAUAGUCGAGCGCUUUGAAAAGUGGAACUAUGUCGAUACUGAGGAGUUGGCGGAGCUGAAAAAAGGACAAGUCUCUCAUGAAGGCGAUUUCAUGAAGACAACGAGUCAAUAUUUCACAGCCUACUAUCAACCUCUGAUCCCCUGGAUCAAAAGAUUACGGAAUGUGGUGUUUCCCAAUGGAAAGAGGCGCGAAAGCGAGGACAAAAGGUUGUAUGGUGAGAUGAGAGAGAUUUUCCACAGUGCUCUCAAUGACCCACAGGUGCUACGAAGUGAUAACCCUCCGCAAUAG